AUUGCUGGGGACCCAAGGUUGGAAAACGUCAAGGUACUUGUGCGUGUGUGUUUGUGAGACAGAGAUGGAGAGCAUGUGCACCUCAUGUUUGGCACUAGAGAGGUGUGCGUUGAACAUCUGAAUCACUGCACAUGCAUGUAGAUCUAUAUGUGCAUACACUGUACAGUUUAUACAUGCAUUGGACAUAACAUGAAUAGGGCUCGCGGGGGUUUCCAUUUUGCAUUACAGUCCUGACUCGUGUAUGGCAGCAUUAAAUCAUAAAUCAGAGAUGAAGGCUUUGUGUCACUCUUUUUUCUCUCUGUCUCUAUGAUAGUUCUUGGUAAGACUUCAACUCCCAGCAUGCUGUGCAAAAUUACGUCUCUAGCAGAGCUAAGUUGGUUCCAGAAGUGGGAGCUCUUUCACUGUGAAAUGCGUGCAUGGACUCAGCCGUCUGCCUUGAGCAGUGGUGAGCUUUCCUUAGCUGGAGGUUUUCAAACAGGCUGGACAGCCGUUUGCUGAUGCUGCGGCAAUUCCCUGCAAGAGAGAUGGACUAGAGGGCUUCUAGCCAGCAUGGUGUAGUGACUAAGAGUGCUGGACUAGGACCAGGGAGACCCAAGUUCAAAUCCCCCUUCAGCCAUGAGACUUGCUGGGUGACUUUGGGCCAGUCACUUCUCUCUCAGCCUAACUUACUUCACAGGGUUGUUGUGAGGAGAAACCUAAGUAUGUAGUACACCGCUCUGGGCUCCUUGGAGGAACAGCGGGAUAUUAAAAAUGUAAAAAUAAUUUUAAAAUAAAUAAAUAAUAAAUAAAUGAAUAAAAUUCUAUGGUUCUGUUAUUCUGUUCUAACAGAAUAGAAUGCAGCAGCUAGGGUUCAUUCUGGAGCCGCUCGCUACCAGUCCUCAUUUCCAUGAAAAAAGAGGAAUGUCCUUGUGGAUAGGAAGUGGGUCCAGUAUUUGUCCAUCCCCACGUGUGAGCUGCCUGGCAAACUUGGACCCCUUUGAGCACUCUAGAAGCCAGGGCUGCUGCUGCUGCUAGCUCCCUCAAAUGGAUUGGCCUCCAUCACACCAGCAGCAGGGUUUCUCCACAUGGCUCCACAAACUUCCGGAGUAUACUACAAAACCAUUUUCAACACUCCAGCAAAAUGCCGCUUUACAGUUUCUACCAAGCCCAAAUUUGUUGUUGUUGUUGUUUGGUCUUUGUGAACACGUCCCAGACGUUGGCCGGAGAUGAGGUGACAUCAAGCAUAGAUUUUGAAGGCCAAAGGCAGCAGAAGAAAGAUCUUCUUUGCAAAUGUUCUCUCCCCUGAGGCCUGGGCGAAGAACCAAGAGUGAGUCUUUGGUCUGGAAGAAGAUAGAGGUUUCUUUAGGGACAUGCAGAAGAAAUCAGAAUGAACAGAAGCUAUUGGAAAAUUGCAGGAAUACAGAGAAGUCUCAUCGGCCCACCAGAUGCCCCUGAGAAGCCCACAGGCAAGAGGCAGAGGUACACCUUGGUAAUUUUGGAGCCUGGACCUAAAGGCCUUUGGAACCACCCACCCCUCGCCUGCUGGAGCCCCACCACCUGGUGUGCAUUACGGAGACCUCGUCGGGAGAGGCUGGGUUACUGCAUGGUGGAGCAGAACCAAGUCCUCAUGAGACAGCCAACAAAACUUUCAAAUACACCAUCAAGUUUUCCAUUUCUGCAUCAUUUCUGCUGUUCAGGGAUUUCUUCCAACAUUUCUGCUUUAACACUGGAGUGAAACUACAGCACAUUUCUGCACAGUCACGCCGUAAGUGCUGGUUUGGAGGAGCAAACGGGCUCUUCGUCUGUCUCACUCUCCUGCCCAGCUGGCCGGCCUGCCGAAACCGAGGAGUGUGUUGGAGAAAAGCAGCAAGAGCCAAGCACCAUUGACUUUGGGAGUGUACAUUCUUGCGGUCUAAUUAUCUCAUCAGAAGUGGAACUUGACUCAGCGAGCAGAGAGACAAAGCAUCUUUAAGCGAAGGCCGGCUGCAUUCCAAAAAGCUGCAGGGGGCAAGAGGGAACGGACAGACAAGAAGAGGGGAUGGUGGGAGGGUUUAAAAAUAAUAAUAAUAAUAAAACUUCCUGCAGUUGUCAGAAGGAUAUGAGCCAGAGAUCGGGGAAGCAUUUGAAGAGGCUUCACAGUGUGAAGGCACAGAAUUGGUGAGAGGUCUCCUUUCAAGAGCUACCUGGAAUUGCAUUUCAACAGUCAGAACAACAUUAGGAAGGAGAGUUGAAGCUCUUGUGUACGAGAAAGUUGUUUCAAGACAGGACUGAAAUAUGGGGAGCUGGGGAGUGUUGGCAUCUCUCUUGCUGGCUCUGUGGGCAGGGAUGGAGAUGGAGGCUUUGGGGCUUGCCCCCCAUGGGAAAGGGACCGAAAGGUCCCAGCAUCAUGUGCAACAUGGGUCCUGCACGUACACGUUCCUGCUGCCUGAAGUAGAGGGCUGUGACCCACCUGCUGCAGAAUACAAAGUCUCCAACUCACUCCAGAGGGAUGUCCCACCCCUAGCCAAAGCCAACUGGCCAGUGAAGAGGCUUCAGCAGCUGGAGGACAUCAUGGAGAACAACACCUUGUGGCUGCAGAAGCUGGAGAAUUACAUCCAGGAGAAUGUAAGAACUGAGAUGUCUGACGUCCACUUCAGCACUGUGCAGAAUCACACAGCGGCCAUGUUGGAAAUGGGCACCAGUUUCUUGAACCAAACUGCUGAGCAGACCCGGAAGCUCACAGACAUAGAGUUGCAGGUUCUCAGCCAGACCUCCCGGCUGGAAAUCCAAGUACUGGAGAAUUCCCUCUCUACCAACAAGCUUGAGAAACAGCUGCUGUUGCAGACGCAAGAGAUAAGCAAACUUCAAGAGAGGAACAGCUGCCUAGAGAAGAAGGUGCUGGCGAUGGAGGGGAAGCGGGAGGAAGACCUUCAAGGGCUCAGGGCUGAGAAGGUGGACAUGCAGAGGCUGCUCUCCAAGCAAAUGGACUUCAUUGGGGACCUGGAGCAGCGGCUGGGCACGGCCCUGUCCAACAACACAGCCCUACAGAGGCAGCAGAACUCCCUGGCAGAGACGGUGAAGCAGCUGACAGGCCUGGUGUCCCAGUGCAACCAAAUCCCCCUCGUCCUUCCUGAAGAGCAGAAGACAUUCAAAGACUGUGCAGCCGCCUACAAAGCAGGGUUCACGGCUAGUGGGGUCUACACACUGCGCUUCCCCAAUAUCACAGCCACUGCUGAAGUGAGUGUGUUUUGUGACAUGGAGACCAGCGGGGGAGGCUGGACGUUAAUCCAGCACCGGAAGGAUGGCUCUGUGGAUUUCCAACGCACCUGGAAGGAAUAUAAACAGGGCUUUGGGUCCCCACCUGGCGAAUACUGGUUGGGCAAUGACUUCAUCCACUUGCUCACCACCCAGAGUGCCUCCUCCCUCCAUAUCAAGCUCCGGGACUGGGAAAACAACGAGGCCUAUUCCUUGUAUGAGCAUUUCCAGCUGGGCCCUGAAGAGCAGAACUACCGGCUUUACGUGAGGAGGUACAGCGGCACGGCCGGACGCAUGAGCAGUCUCAGUCCCUCGGGAACAGACUUCAGCACGAAAGACGUUGACAAUGAUCGCUGCACCUGCAACUGUGCCCAGAUGGCAGCAGGAGGCUGGUGGUAUGAUGCUUGUGGCCCCUCCAACUUGAACGGCAUGUAUUACCCACCUAGCCCCACCAUGAUCAGAUACAACGGCAUAAAGUGGCACUAUUGGAAAGGUCCCAGCCAUAAUCUCAAGAUGACCGCCAUGAUGAUCCGUCCUGUAGAUUUCAGAGAAGAGUAAUUGAGGUCACCAUGGCUUGCCGUAUGGCUGAGAUGGGCAGACCAAAUGAGAGGCAGCAACACGCUGAGCCGAAACCCAAAAUGCAGCACUGCGGCUCCUUUGGACUUUUGCUAACUAGGCAGACAACUGUGGGCCGUCUCUUGGGACAAACCAAGCAUCGUCACUGAAGUUCCUGCUGGAGACCACAGGGGGCAGUAGCACUCUGUAUUUUCGUCUCUUCUCCCACAGAAGUCAGCACUCAAAGAUUUAAAAGCAUUGGAAGAAACUGGUGGUGGUGAGUUUUUAGCAUGUGUGUGCCUGCAAAGAUGAGCUCGGAAAUGCCUGGGUAAUACCUGCCAAAUGCUCAGAUGCUGGAGGAGGAGGUGAGCGGGACUGCCAGACUCAAGCAGUGCAUCUUCAGUGCUCUAUGCAGCAAAAUGGUUCCACUCCCAGAAGCGGAAUAAAUUAUACAAAUAAGCAAACUGGUCGUCACAUUGCUGAUAAAUGCCUCCAUCCCACAGUGUCCCAGAAAACAUUACCUUGAUUCUUGCUGUCCACCAAAGACAAAUGUUGCGAGUGUGUUUAUAAACAUUUUUUUUUAAAUUAUAAACUUAUCUUUCCAGGGCA